UGCGCGGUCUUUUCAUCUUCGCUUCUCCAGACACGCUCUCUGUUUUCUCCUAAUCGAGCGUUUCUCGUUCUAAUUCUUUCUUUCGGCGGUGCCGGGGUUUGCCGGCAGAUCUCGCCCGUUUCACUCACUCUUUCUCACUCUUGCGAGCGGAGGAAAUCACGACGCUGGUCGUCACAUUUCGCAGUUGAAGGGGGAAACUUUUGCGGAGGACACCAACGGUUACGUCUCGAGCGCCGUUGGCGGUGUACACGACUAGGCCGACACGAUGGUGAACGGUGUACAGUUGACCUACGUGGUCGCCGACGGCCUCUUCCUGCUUAUGGGCAUCUUCAUCCUCGCCUUUUCCGUCAUUGUCGGCAAUAUCAGGAAUGAGGUACCUACGGACGGGCAACAGGCGGCCAGGAACCUCUUAUACCAGGGGUUUCCGUUGACAGCGGGUAUCGUCAACGCCGCCUUCAUCUUCGCUACGUUCUUGAUGACCCUGCCCGGUCUCGCGACGUCUUCGCGUCGCUGGCUGAAAAUAGCCGGUUACAUGGCUGUGGUGUGCGCGGUGUUCACCAUGAUCCUUGGCCUCUAUCUUUGGAUCUUCACCCUGAAGACCAAGGAAGAUUUCGCGCCGCUCUUUUCGGCCCAGUCCGACAAUGUCAAGAGCCUGAUGCAGACAAGUUUCUCCUGCUGCGGCUACUUCAACAGCUCGAGCCCGGCCUUCGUCACCGACAGCACGUGCCCGAGCAAGGCCGCCGCGGCCGUCGUGCGCGGGUGUGCCACGCCCAUCACCUCCUUCGCCAACGUCUUCGUCGACAACAUCUUCACCGGCCUGUUCGGCAUCGUCGGCAUCGAUGUCGUCUUCAUCAUGGCAACGGCCUGCCUGCUCAAGGAGCGCAAGGAGCGGGAGCGCUUCCGGCAUAUCGACGAGAAGAACGGCUUCGGGACCAUCUGAGAGCCUGGCUUGCUCCUGGUCGGGCGCGUUGGCGGGAUGGUGGUUCUGAUGGGGCAGCGCGAAGCCGCGGAGAGGAAGGUUCUGAACCAGCCGAAGAAGCAGUAGGACUCCCGCAAACCAUCUACUGCGCCAGGUACAAUCAUUUCCAGGCUGGCGGUGGGUCCUUCAAGAGGAGGAUAUGCCCAGGUAAUGGGACGUGGUCGCAUGUCGAGGUGGAUCCUCUUGUGAUGUUUUAGCCUUCUUGUCACAUUCUCUUCCUGGUAUAGAGUGUGUAGUUUUCGGCAAUGUGCAUAGUUAAACUGCGGCGA